CCAACCACCACUUCGCCGUCACCCACCCGUCACCGCUCCAGCGAUGGCGAUGGUAUAUAAAUGCUACCAUGAAGUGGCUCUUGCGGACCAUCAUACCUUAUUCGUUCUCGGCACGAAUUUCUGUACGGAUCGUAACAUAGCAAAGUUAACGACUUCAAGAAGAAUAAAAUUGUCUCUAUAAAACUACGAUUAUGAGCGACGAAUACGCAUCCUCGGGAUUUAAAGGAUCUUUGGCGAAUGAAUCCGCAGGAGACUACGUCCCCCGUCCCACAGAUAGCGGCAUGAACAACACGUCCGCCGGAGGCGGUGAGGGCACAGGGAGGGAUUACACCAGCAGUAACCAUGGCGGAGGCGGAGGUGGUCAAAAUGACGAUUAUAAGACGGGGAAUUAUCCUCCCGAGGGCGAUUCGACCUCCUCAGGCGGCUACGGCUCCACGAUCAACUCGUUCGCUUCAAAACCUUCAUCUAACGCCCCGACCAGCACGUUCACCCCAAACUCCUCCAACUCGAACACCAACACCAACACCAACUCAGACUCAAAUCUAAUAACACAAUCUACGAACGGAACUUCGCUCACUAACGAGCUCGACGACGCGAAACAGGGCGUGGAUGGGCGUUCGCGGGAUACGUACGCGCAUGAGCAGGGAACUGGCAGCUUGAACCCGUAUGGGGGAUCUAGUAUGGAAGGACGCGAAGAGGCGGGAGAGAGGUUGGGUGGUGCGUAUGCAGGGAAAGGGGAUGGUGGGUAUUAGGCGGUCGUGUGAGGAGUGAGGAUGGAGAUAGGAAAUGUAUGGAAUGUUUAACAGAAAAUGGACGAUGUCAGGGUGUUCGCGACGGUGUGAUUUUUUGUAUUUUACCAUGUACAGUUGGAUGUAUG